AUCUGUAGAUCGACGACCGCGCAUCGCGUAAGUGGUACAAUCCAUUUGCAUGCAAGAUCGUCCAUGAAACGGACGUAGCGGAACUAUUCGACUCUAUAUGGACGGGCUUCAGGUCGUUAAUAGUAAGGUUUCACUUCAGCCUGCCGCCGUAUGUCGCCAUCCUCUAUUAGUAUCAGCCUCUCAUAUUCGUCUCUUUGUACUGUACUUCUUCGGCACGGGGCUAAUAGCGAGCGUCUGUGAUCGCCGAUACAGUCCGAAUCGGAUUUCUGUCCUCAACAGCGCUAGCAGACGGUGGAGUCAUGUACUCAACCAAGAGAAACGCGACCUCGCGAGGACUCCGGUUUGGCUACCGCGUUCAGCGUACGUUCGCCUCAUGACAUCCCCCAGUGCAGGGCGGCGCGACUCCGAGAAGGCCCCCAAAAGCCAUGACGACUCACAAAGUCUCGCCCAGCAACCCGCCGCCCUCUCUGCUAGCGCUGCACCCGACGGGGGCGCGAGGGCCUGGCUACAGGUCCUCGGCGGUUUCUUCAUCCUUUUCAACUCAUGGGGUAUAUUCAAUACAUAUGGAGCAUUCCAGACCUACUACGAGCAAGAGCUGUUUCCCUCCAGUUCUGCCUCAGCCAUCAGCUGGAUAGGCUCCAUACAGGGCUUCCUGCUACUACUCGUUGGUUCCCUGACAGGACCCAUCUUUGACAUGGGCUACACCCGAGUGCUCAUGAUUGUCGGGUCAUUUCUGAUGGUAUUCAGUCUGAUGAUGACCAGUCUCUCCACACAAUACUACGAGGUGAGAGCUUGCUGUAAGGCUGAACGCUGCAAUAAUUUACGAAUGUGUCCCUUGCCACAGGCAUUUCUGGCCCUAGGGGUCACAUUCGGUCUUGGAAGCGGAUGCGUCUUCGUUCCUGGCGUCGCCAUCGUGUCAACUUACUUCAACAAAAGGCGCGGAUUGGCAGUAGGGAUCACAACGUCCGGGAGCUCUAUCGGAUCGGUCGUCUACCUCAGCGUGUUCCACCAGCUCCAGCCAAGGAUUGGAUUCCCUUGGACCGUGCGCGUGAUGGGGUUCAUUGUACUUGCUACAUCCGCCGUAUCCAUCGCAGUGAUGCAGCGCCGCAUCGCGCCUUCGGGGCGACGGCGGCUCUUCGACGCGAAGGCCUUUGCAGAGCUGCCCUACACGCUCUUCUGCAUCGGAAACGCAAUCUCAUUCAUGGGCACGUACAUCCCGUUCUUCGAGGCACCCGCCUUCGCCGCAGCCCGCACUUCCGCCUCGCCGACGCUCGCCUUCUACUUCCUGGCUAUCCUCAGCGCCGCCUCGACGCUCGGGCGGCUGCUCCCGAACUUCCUCGCGGACAAGACGGGCCCUCUCACGAUGCUCGCGGGCUGCGCGACGGCGACGGGCAUCCUCGCGCUCUCCUGGCUCGCAGUGCACACCGUCGGAGGCUUCGUGGUGUUCUGCGUGCUGUACGGCCUGUUCUCGGGCUCGCUCGUGAGCCUCCCGCCCGCGGCAGUCGCGAGCCUCACGGACGACCACUCCCGGCUCGGCGCGCGACUGGGCAUGGCGUUCGCCCUUGCGGGCUUCGGGCUCCUCAUUGGUAACCCCGUGGCGGGUGUGCUCGUGGAUCUGCGGACGGGCGAGUUCUGGAAGGGUAUCGUGUUCAAUGGCGUGGCCGUCUUGGCAGCGGGAACACUCCUGCUGGCGGCCCGCGUUGCGAAGGCGGGUUGGUCGCCCAAGGCAAAAGUCUAGAGAUGAGAAAGACCUUGCCUGGCUUUCAGUUCCAGUGCUCCGUCGCGAGAUUGACGGAUAGAGCUCGCACCGGCGAUAGUCGUA